AACGUUCGUCUCGUACUCGUAACAUAGCGACCGGCGGAGUUUGACGUGGCACUCUUGCUUCCACUGUGGGUAAUAGAGAGAGAGAAGACAGCAGAGGAUAGCACCAAUAUUCAGGUUAUCACAGAUUCAUCUUGGAAUGAGGAUAAAGUAAUAGCCAUUCCAGCAAAAUGAGUCAACAAGGUUAUGUUGCUACACCCCCAUUCUCCCAGGCCCAGCCAGGGAUGGGGGGCUACCAAGGUGGAUAUGGUGGUGGUCCUGCACAGCCCGCCUAUGGCCAUUUUGGAGGACCACCUCAGACAUUCACCACUCAACCAGCAGGUAUGAUGAAGUUGCCAGUUUCCUCUGCUGCUGGUAUGCCUCCACCUCCAGUGUCCAGUCAGUACAAUCCAAAUGUCCUGCAGAAUGGCGCUUAUCCCCAAAGGUACCCUGCCCCUCCAACUGCAUCUGCUGCUUAUGGACAACCUCCACAAUCCUCAUACAAAAGCAUGGCCUCACCUGGUCCACCUGCAGCACAGCAGCUCACCAAUCAAAUGAAUGCUAUGAACUUGGGCAGCUAUGCCCCAGGAUCCAUGCAAAGCUCUCCUCCACCACCCAGCUCUGGAGCUCAACAGCCCUUCCUGACACCUCCCCCACCAGCAAUGGGGCAGCCACAAAUGCCUCCAGGCCCACUGCCACUCCACCAACAAACCUCCCCUCAGAUGCCUCCACCUCAAUCCCCGCCAUCAAAUAUGGGAGGCAUGGGUAGACCUUUCCAUGGGCCACCUCCUCCAGGCCCUGGAGGUUUCUCUCAGCCUGGUCCUGGAGUUGUUAGUCCAGGUUUCCAGCAGCCCAGCCUUGGAGCUGCUGGUCCAGGUUUCCAGCAGCCUGGUCCAGGUUUCCAGCAGCCUGGUCCGGGUUUCCAGCAACCCGGUCCGGGUUUCCAGCAACCCGGUUCUGGUGUUGCUGGUCCACCUGGAUACCCACAGCAAGCCGGUCACUUUGGGGGACACAUGGCUGGGCCCCAGUCUGGCAUGCCAGGGGCCCUCUCUGGACCACAAGCUGCAAUGGCUGGCCCACCCCAGAAGAAACUGGACCCUGAGUCAAUCCCUAGCAUAACUCAAAUCAUUAUGGAAGACAAAGCUACUCGAGGAGGACAGGUCUACAGCACAAACAUCAGAGGACAGGUUCCCCCUCUGGUCACCACUGACUACACAGCACAGGACCAAGGCAAUGCCAGUCCUCGUUUUAUGCGCUGCACUACCUACUCCCUUCCCUGCACUGCAGACCUGGCCAAGCAGUGCCAAAUGCCCCUGGCUUGCAUCAUUAAGCCCUUUGCCAGUUUGCCAAAGAAUGAGACUCCUCUAUAUGUUGUGAACCAUGGUGAAACAGGCCCCAUCCGCUGCAAUCGAUGCAAGGCCUACAUGUGUCCCUACAUGCAGUUCAUUGACGGCGGCCGCCGCUACCAGUGCACUUUCUGCAACUGUGUUAAUGAAGUGCCAGUCUUUUUUUUCCAACAUCUUGACCACAUGGGCCGUAGAGUGGACUUCUAUGAGAGACCCGAGUUGUCUUUAGGAUCCUAUGAGUUUGUGGCCACCCUGGACUACUGCAAGAACAACAAGCCUCCUAAUCCUCCUGCCUACAUCUUCAUGAUCGAUGUGUCCUACAGCAACAUUAAAAGUGGCCUGGUCAAACUCAUAUGUGAUGAGCUGAAGACUCUGCUGGAGAAGCUGCCCAGAGAGGAAGGUGCCGAGACCUCAGAUAUUAAGGUUGGCUUUGUCACCUACAACAAGGUACUCCACUUCUACAACGUGAAGAGUGCUUUGGCCCAGCCCCAGAUGAUGGUGGUUUCAGACACAGCUGAUAUGUUUGUCCCGCUGCUUGACGGCUUCCUUGUCAACUACAACGAUUCGAGGGCUGUUAUCUACAACCUCCUGGACCAGAUCCCUGACAUGUUUGCAGACACCAAUGAGAAUGAAACGGUUUUUGCUCCCGUCAUCCAGGCCGGUGUGGAAGCAUUUAAGGCAGCAGAAUGUAGCGGAAAGCUCUUCAUUUUCCACUCCUCCAUGUCCACUGCAGAGGCUCCAGGCAAACUUAAGAACAGGGAUGACAAAAAGCUGGUCAACACUGAGAAAGAGAAAACCCUAUUCCAGCCUCAGAAAGGUGUGUAUGAGCAACUGUCGAAGGACUGUGUGGCACAGGGUUGCUGCGUAGAUCUCUUCCUCUUUCCCAGCCAGUACGUGGACUUGGCAACUAUGGCUGAUGUGCCCUCGCACACCGGAGGCUCCGUCUACAAGUACAACAGCUUUCAGGUGGAGACGGAUGGGGAGCAUUUCCUGAGAGACCUGAGGAAAGACGUGCAGAAGGACAUUGGAUUCGAUGCCAUCAUGCGUGUUCGUACCAGCACAGGCUUCAGGGCCACGGACUUCUUCGGUGCCAUCCAUAUGAACAACACCACGGAUGUCGAGAUGGCAGCUGUGGAUUGUGACAAGGCUGUAACUGUCGAGUUCAAGCACGACGACGCGCUAAGCGAAGAGAGUGGGGCAUUCGUGCAAUGUGCCUUGCUGUACACCACCAUCAGUGGCCAGCGACGCUUGCGUAUCCACAACCUAAGUCUGAACUGCAGUAUGCAGUUGUCAGAGCUGUACAAGAACUGUGAGACCGACUCACUCAUCAACUUCUUUGCCAAAUCAGCUUACCGUGCCAUGCUGAACCAACCUCUGAAGAAUGUGAGGGAGAUCCUGGUCCACCAGACAGCACACAUGUUGGCAUGUUACAGGAAGAACUGCGCUGUCCCUUCAGCUGCCAGUCAGUUGGUCCUGCCCAAUGCCAUGAAGGUGUUCCCAGUCUACAUGAACAGUCUGAUGAAAACUGCCCCCCUGGUGGGCAGCACUGAACUCGCUACUGACGAUAGAGCCCUUCAAAGGCUGCUGGUCAUGGGCAUGGGGGUGGAGGACACACAGCUGCUGCUCUACCCACGCCUCAUCCCACUGCACAACAUGGACAUUAGCAGCGAGGCUCUGCCUCCUCCAGUUCGCUGUUCAGAGGACUCUCUUACAGAUUCUGGCAUGUUCCUGUUGGAGAAUGGUCAGUCCAUAUUUCUGUGGUUGGGCCAAGCAAUUUCACCUGACAUCAUCCAGGGUGUCUUCAACGUGCCCUCCCUCGCCCACCUGCAAGGAAACAUGUGUGAGCUGCCACAGGUGGACAGCCCCAUGUCAAAGAAGGUCAACUCCCUCAUCAGUGAUCUGCUUGAAAAGAGGCCAAACUCCAUGAAGCUUCUAAUCGUGAGGCAGAAGGACAAACCGGAGAUGUUAUUCCGUCAGUUCCUAGUGGAGGAUAAAGGGCUGCAUGGCGGAGCUUCCUAUAUGGACUUCCUUUGCUACGUUUACCGAGAGAUCCAGCAGCUGCUCACUUAACUGCUAACGCUCGGCCUCAGCGUUUCUACCCAGACAUCUGACGGACCAGGCACAAAUAUUUCACAGCAAGUCUCAGCUGGAUCCAUUUGAAUCGCACGGACGUGAUUUACAAAGAAAAAAAAGUAAAGUAAAGAAAAGGAAACAAGGAUUCAAGAGAUUUAACCUCCACUCUCCAAAGCUGCCUUUCCAACAUGCGUCCGUCAACGUUAACUAUACACAAACACUAUGGUCUUCAAAUAACAGCUCGUCACCUGAGGGACUUCCAGAGUAAAUGAAUAAGAAUGAAAUGGCAAACACAUUCAGCAAUUCUCACAUGGAUAUUUGCUUAAUGGACAGUGGAAACUGGAAUGACAUCAGUGCCUUCAGCUGAAAUGCUUUGUGUGCCAUAAAGCCCACAGGCACAUGUAAUACAGCAUAUAGUGCCACUGUUUAUAAAAGCUGGUUAAUAUUUUUUCAUUUCCUUUGCAGAUUUACAUUGUCUGAAAUGACAAAUAAAAAAGGGAUGUUUGUGGGCCAAACUAGAGACGUUCAUUUUGAAACUCAAAAGCUGACCAGUGUUUGUUGCUCUCAGUUGGAGAUCAAGUAUGUCCAAGAUUCUCAGUGACUAGUUUUAGAGAAUUUUGUAAUAAGUUUGCUUUAAAAAAAAAAAGAAAAUCAUGCUAAAAAUAAACCAUUAAAAGCUGUGAAUGUCACAGUUCAGUAAAGACAUAGCCAAAACAAACCCCGCUCAUUUGCCGGGACUCAUCAUUUUUCCUGACCCAACACAAUGAGUAGCUCCAAGCAUUUGAUUCACAGACCGCCUCACCAAAAAUUCUUUAACCUUUUAUGGCUGAGACUUGAUCUUCACAAUGUGCAGUGACGCAGAAACUGUUCCGUUUUGGUGUUCAGGGAAUUCACUGAAAUGAACACAGCUGCUGCUCUGCAGAGAUUAACGAGAGAACAACAUUGGCACAAAAACUGGAUCCUUUUUGAAUUUGUAACAUGAAAAGGGAACAGACGACCGGGAUUUAAGUAAAGACAUUAUGGGGACCAAACUGAAAGCUUUUCCCUUCAAGAGAAACAGUAUUUAUUCUUGCUUUUGACAAAAAAAACAAAAAAACAUUCCAAAUAACUUUCAUUUCUAAGAAAACCACAGUGAGCAGACUUUAAGGACCAACAAAUCAGACUUGGAUCACUGUUCAAAAUAAGCAAAACCUUUAUAAUUGCAAAACUAUCAUAAUUACAUGUAUCAUGUCCAUUAUGACUUGUAGUUCAGUUAUAACAUCAUACUGUGUUGCCUUGCUUGUUUUUUUUUUAAGAAAAGAAAAUUGUGUUGAAUUUCUGUAUGUUUCAUUUGUUUGUACGUCCAGUAUAAUGUCGUUUUGUACAUGAAAUGCACAACUUAUGCUUCUCAAAAAGUAAAAGUUGAUAUAAUAGUUGUGGGAAAAAAAAGAGUCAUCAGUCUACACAGUAUUUGGUUUAUAUGCAAACACUUAUCUCAGGUGAUUACAGAACCUUGCUAUGUUAAGUUGGAAACAGUAAUUUGAAUCAAACUUUUUGGGAGCAACCAUGUACAUUUAUUCCAAACUAUUAAAAAAAACUUUUGUGGAAUUAAACUUUUAACGCAAA